CAAGAAACCCCACUCCCUCUCUUUUCUCUUUUUUUGUUUCGAUCGAGGUUUUGCUCUUUGGCUUUAUAGGAGUCAUCGAGGGACGGGAGUGGGGGUUUGAAGCGGGUUCUGGUGAUGCUUUGGAUCUCUGCAGGGCCUUUCUUGUGUAGCGGGAAAAGGAAGCGGAAUUUAAUGUUCUUGGUUGAGUCUGAUAUUUUGAAGUCAUCGAGUUUCAUUGGGGUUGGAUGAGUGCAAUGUGUGUCGUAUGUGGUUUGCAACAGGCAAAUCUGAGUACUAGAUGCGAUAAUGAGGAAGAAUCAUUCGAGAAUGAGCAGUUGGAGUCCUCACGCCAGUCCCAUGUGCAGCCGGGUUCCAAGUUGCGGGGAUUUCCCAGCUGAUAUGGAUUCGCAAAGCAGGGAGGAUGAUGACGAGGCUUUCGAUACCAAUCAAAGGUGUCCAAACCUAGAAUUUACCGAACACUCUCAAAACGGUGGCGAUGGAAGUUCAUCAAUACAUAUUGAUUCUCAGAAAUCUCAUGCUAAGACCACCAUAGAUGGGCUUCCCCAGCCAAUGGAAGAAAUCAGCUCAUUAGCAUGGGAAAACCAUGAAGAGAGUGAUGCUGAGUCCAUUGGUGUUCAUAAGAGCACCUUGGAAGAUGUAAGAUCUGUAGGAGCUGGAGAUGAUUCAAAUGGGGCGUGGAAUGCUAUUGACAGCAUCAGUGCAUCUAUUUUAUCCAAUCCUGAAACCAACCUUCUGAUCUGGAUGCCACCCAAACCACUCAACAUUGAAGAUGACAUGGAUUCUGUCGCUAAUAAUGAUGAUGAUGAUGAAUUCAGUGAUGGUACAAAAUGGGGUCAACCAAGUUUCUUGAGUAGUAUUGAUGGUGGACAUGGAAGCAGCCAUGGUUGCAAAGAAGAGCACCAAAAGGCAAUGGUGGAAGCAAUGAAUGGUCCAUUUAAGGUUCUUGUAAGUCGACUUUUGGCAUCAGAAGGUAUAACUUCUAAGGGAGAGGAUGGUGAAAGUUGGCUUGACAUUGUUGUUUCUUUAUCAUGGGAAGCCGCACUGCUUGUUAAGCCUGACUCCGGUGAGGGUAGAGCAAUGGAUGCUGGGUCCUAUGUUAAAGUUAAGUGUAUUGCGACAGGUGCUCGCAGUCAAAGUCAGGUGAUUAAGGGUUUAGUUUUCAAGAAAAGCACUGCACACAAGCACAUGCCAACCAAGUGCAGAAAUCCUAGACUAUUACUUCUUAAGGGGGCCCUUGGGCAGCGUGAUAUUGGCUUGUCAUCAUUUGAUUCGAUGGAACAGGAAAAGGAAUAUUUAAUAUCCAUCAAUGAGAUGCUAGAAACAUGUCAUCCGAGUGUGGUUUUGGUAGAGAAAAAUGUUUCACGUGAUAUGCAGGAGUCCCUUUUGGCAAAAGGAAUGACUUUAGCACUUGAUAUGAAACUCAGUCGGUUAGAAAGAAUUGCUCGCUGUGCAGGUUCUGAGAUUAUAUCUGCUUCUGAUAUUCCCGCCAAUACCAAACUGAAACAUUGUGAUUCUUUUCACACUGAAAAGUUUGUGGAGGAACAUAGCAAUCCUACUGGAAAGAAGUUAUGCAAAACUUUAAUGUUCUUGGAGGGUUUUCCAAAACCCUUGGGGUGUACGAUAUUGCUGAAAGGAGCUAAUUGUGAUGAACUGAAGAAAAUAAAACGAGUGGUGCAAUACACAGUGUUUGCUGCAUAUCGUUUGAUCCUUGAAACUUCAUUCUUCGCAGAUCAGAGAGCUUUAUCCUCUAACAUAGGUGCUCCUAUUUUCGAUGCAUCCCAAGCAAAAACAGCUCAUAAAGAAAUAUCCUCUUUAUCACAUCCUGGCUUUAAAGGUUCUUCAGAGUCAUCUGUAUUUAGUCCCAAUAUUGAUUGCAUUGAAAAUCAUCCUUCACAUGGGCAUCCUUCUUGUAAUGGAUGCAACAAUGACGAAACCUUGUCAGAUUCAUCAACACCAUCUCUUCUUUCCAGUGAAUUAAUGUCAACUUUCUCAACUUCUCUUAGAAAAUUUGUUGGAGACAGCUAUCAGCGUCCCAUUUCAGAGCAUGUUUCAAUGUACUUGGGCUUCAAGGAAGAAAAGCUUGAUAUUCCAAGUAUUGGUGUCUUACCUGUUUCUCCACCAACAGAAACACAUGAUCAUGACAUAGAAGAAACCAGUAGCAUCAUUCUAGAGAAAGCACAUGAUGGAAUCUCUAAUGGUGAAAAGGCUGGACCAAAGAUGCAAAACAAAUUUGAAAUGCAAAACAAGGAUGACAUUGAGAGCAUAUCAGAUUCUGAAAGCAUAUUGGUAUUGUUGUCUAGCCAGUGUAUCUCGAAGGAUGUUGUUUGCGAGCAAAGCCGUCUUUCUCGUAUAAAAUACUAUGGGAAUUUCGAUGUGUCUCUUGGACGAUUUCUUGAAGAAAUUAUGCUCAACCAGAAUUACAGUUGCUCUUCAUGUGGUGAACCCCCAGAGGCUCAUGUAUACUGCUACACUCACCAGAAUGGGAAUCUAACUGUUUUAUCCAGAAGGCUUCCUCCAGAAUCAUCUUUGUCCGGCGAAGCAGAAGGAAAAAUUUGGAUGUGGACUAGGUGUCUAAAAUGCGAGAAUGAAAGUGGGAUCCCAAGAUCCACCAAGAGGGUUGUGAUGUCUGAUGCGGCUCGUUGUCUUUCUUUUGGAAAAUUCUUAGAGCUGAGCUUUACAAGCCACUCGGCAGCUAGUCGAUUAUCUUCAAGAUGUGGACACUCACUGCAUAAAGACUGCCUUCGCUUUUUUGGAUUAGGCUCCAGAGUUGCCAUGUUCAGAUAUUCAUCUGUUGAAAUCUAUGCUGCCAGUAAGCCACCACCAGUACUGGAGUUCCAUAAUCCAAAUGGACCAGAGUCGCUCAUGAGAGAGGCAAAAGAUGUGCUUGAAAAAGGAAACGCAUUUUUCUUAGAGGUUGCAAGUUUGCUGCAUAAGUUGAAGUCCAACUAUUCUACCAUGGUUUCGAAGAAGUUUCUAAACCUUCAAUGUUUGGUAAAGGAUAUUUGUGAACUUGACGAGAUGUUGAUGCAAGAAAAAGCUGAGUUUGAGGCUCCAUUGCUGAAGGCUAUCAAUUGCAGUGGAGAGAUGGGGAAGACAGUGCAUGAAAUUCUUGGUUUGGGCUGGUUAUAUCAAGAAUUGCUUCUUAAACUUUAUGUCUGGGACCAUCGUCUGGAUUUCCUCCACCUUUAUGCAAGAGAUAGUGAUGCUUCUUCUAAUGAAGUUCAUGAAGAUCAAUUUGUGCAAGCGAAGUAUGCCAUGCCCUUUAGCAUUGUUGAAGAAUCCUCUUCUUCUGAUAGCCAUAGGUCUAAGAAUUACAGCAUUUUGGAAUCCGAGGUGGAAGCCAGGUCAGAUGCACUUUCUGAAAACACGAGCAGUAAAUUUAGUAUUUCUAUUGCUGCUGCUGAGGUUGCAGAGGUGGGAAGUUUGAUUGGAGAAACAUUUUCUAGAUCAAUGUCUGGGGGGCAAACAUCAUCUGUUUUUGACCAAGAACCAUAUAAGGGACCAUCUGACCUCUUGUUGUGGUUUUCAAGGGACAAAGGUUAUCCACGAGAAUCUGCUACUAUUUUAGAACAUAUCCAAGUUGAUAACCCUGAAGGUUGGAUCUGGGCUCCAUCCUUUGAAACAAGGAGUGCAUACAAGAAGGAUCUAUGUGGUGGUUACUCACAGAAGUUCAAGUUUGUCCAUACUUACACUCCAACGCACCUGUCCCCCAUAUGUCAACUGGUCACUCGGGAAACAGAGGAUUCAUUGCACUUCCCUGUUAAGGUAGAUGGCAAGGUUUUGUCUGUUUGUGAAAAUGAAAUAUCAAGCAUAAUUGCCUAUGCACUGGCCCUGUCUGAGGAUCAGUUUGGUUUAUCGGCAAACAUAGAUGUAAAGGACGAACUAGAUGGCAAAACAGAAGCUAAAGUAAUUGAUAACUCAUGUAGCUCAACUUCUGAUGGUUUUGGGGCUUCUUCGUAUUGGUCAUCUACUGGAUCUUCAGAUUCAGAGGGGUCACAUUUUUCACAGAGUACAUCAAUUUCCUCUGAUGAGGUGCCCAGCUCAGGUUCUGAAGGUUCUUUCCCCGUGGAUCACCAGUUGGCUUCAGAAAACCUGCAUCCUGAGGUCCCUGUGGGUGUGGGAAAAGUAGCUGGAAAAAGUAAAUAUUCAGUUGUUUGUAUACACGCAAAACAAUUCUAUGCUUUGCGAAGGAUGUGUUGCCCAUCUGAACUGGCCUACAUAUCUUCCUUAAGCCGUUGCAAAAAUUGGAAUGCUCAAGGAGGAAAGAGUAAAGCUUUCUUCGCAAAGUCAUUAGAUGACAGAUUCAUCAUAAAAGAAAUCAAGAAGACUGAGCUUGACUCCUUUCUAAAGUUUGCUCCAGAUUAUUUUGAGCAUAUCUUUCAUUCUUUAAGCGCUGGAAGCCAAACAUGUCUUGCAAAAGUCUUGGGCAUAUAUCAGGUUAAACAAUAUAAAAAUGGCAAAGAAGUGAAAACUGAUCUGAUGGUGAUGGAAAAUCUUCUUUUUGGACGAAACAUUACGCGCAAAUAUGAUCUUAAGGGUUCUAUUUUUUCCCGGUAUGUUUCAGAUGUGAAUGACCCUGAAAAGGUUUUUUUGGAUCAAAACUUUAUUGAGGAUAUGCAAGCAUCUCCCAUGUAUGUUAGUAGAAAGACCAAACAUCUUCUGCAACGGGCUAUCUGGAAUGACACAUCUUUUCUUACAUCAAUUAAUGUCAUGGACUACUCUUUACUUGUGGGAGUGGACAAACAACGAAAGGAGCUGGUAUUUGGUAUUAUUGAUUAUCUAAGGCAGUACACUUGGGAUAAACAACUUGAGACCUGGGUCAAGGCUUCUCUAGUUGUUCCUAGAAAUGCAUUACCAACUGUUAUUUCCCCAAAGGAAUAUAAGAAAAGGUUCAGAAAGUUUAUGUCUCAAUACUUCCUGACAGUUCCAGAUGGUUGGAAUUCAGUGUGAUGUUUAGUCUUUUGUACAUUGUGUUGAUACUGGUGACAAUUCAUCAAAGUUAGACAGUACAAAGCUGCCAGAGUAGUCUGAAAGUGCAAAUUCUUGUUGUUUGAAGGCUGAUAUAUGAGUGUCCCGGAUUAUUCCCUGGCAGUGGACGAAAAUAUAUUCUGCUCCUGUUCUUGUCUUCACAACAACUGUACAUAGAUGUUCAUUACAGUUAGGUUUCCCAGUUUUGCAAUUUUUAGGCAAAAUUUUGGGGCAAGUUGGUCUAUGAUGAUUGUGAUUAUUUAUAUGUUCAUUUUUUGUCACUAUUGAAUUGUUUUACAGUGAUUGUAAAGUUGUUUCUUUUUUUGGAAAUAAAUCAAAUGAAAUAAAAUGGCAAAAUUUCAUGUUAA